CCCUAAACAAACCAAUUCGAAUAGAGAGGAAAGAGAUGUCGGAAGGAGAACAUCCGAGGCUGAUUCUACACAAUUUCUUGUCGCCGGCAGAGUGCAAGGAGCUUGAGUUCAUACACAAGAGUUGCAGUACGAUUGGGUACAGACCACAUGUAUUCUCCACUACUCUUUCUCACCUCAUUGCCACUAAUUCACCUCACCUUAUCAUCCCUUUCGUCUCCAUUCGAGAAAGGUUGAAAGAGAAGAUAGAGGAAACAUUUGGUUGUGAGUUUGAGCUUUUUAUUGAAUUCACUGGUUUGAUUAGUUGGUGCAGAGGAGCGAGUAUUGGUUGGCAUAGUGAUGAUAACAGACCAUAUCUGAAACAAAGGGAUUUCGCGGCAGUUUGUUACUUGAAUAGUUACGAGAAAGACUUCAAAGGCGGGCUUUUUCGUUUUCAGAGUGGGGAACCAGCAACUGUUGCUCCCUCGGCUGGAGAUGUUAUCAUGUACACAGCUGAUGACCGGAAUAUUCAUUCCGUUGAUGAGGUAACAGAUGGAGAAAGAUUGACUCUUGCACUUUGGUUUAGCCGGGACUCAUCCCAUGACGAAGAUUCCAAGCUUCUCACCCGUCUUUCCCAGUGCACAUUACAUGGAUUAUGCCUCCCUUUGCCUGCAUCCACUAACAUGUACUGGUUCUGCCCUCACCGAGAUGUGUCGAAUCAAGACAUGGGUUUUGAUAUCUGCUUUGCGAGGUUGCAACUUCUUGGUUUCGGUGUACAUAGCUUACAAGGUGAAGAUCAUUCUACGGAUGCCUCAGAACAACUCAUGGGACCAUUACAAAUAGCUAAAGGAGGAGAGUUACUCACUCGAAAAUUUGCCAACGUUCUUCAUGCUCUUCAGGUUGUUCAGUUUUACAAUUGGAAAGCUUCUGAACUCAAAACUUCUAAUGUCGAAAACGACACGGUAGAAGCUAUCUCACAGCCUCAGUUGGAAACUAUCAACUCCCUGAAAUCAGUUUUCCUACCAGAUGAGAACCUUGUAACCACAACUUUUGGAUAUUCAUGCUCUAAUGAAGAUCUGAAGGAAUCACUCGACUUAACGGGUGUAUCUCUUGCGGUUACCUCUUGGGAAGAAUAUACUUCAAAGUUACUCAAGGUGCUAUUACUAUCCUUGCCUCAAUGGAAAACUUAUCAAACUAUACACAAAGUCGAAUCCGAUUAGAGAUUAUUUAUGUGUUGAUGAUGAAUUUAAAGUAGCUUCUUAGUUUCUCUCUUUUGCCAGUUUGAAUUGCUCCCUUAUUUGUUUAGACUUACAUAUAAACAUAUUUUAAUAUCCCUUCAAGAUUGUUGCAAGAAAUGUUGUAAGAUACAGAGAAUCAAAAGUGAAAUGUUGGAGUGGAUAUAUGGA